AGACGGUUGAGGAGAGCGGCGGACUCGCGGCUGCAGUCCCGGUACAGAAUGAGCACAUGUUGUUGGUGUACACCAGGUGGUAUUUCCACCAUUGACUUCCUGCAACACUAUGCAUCUGAGACCCACUCCAGUGAAUUUCAAAAAGCUGAUGAAGACCUCUGCUACUGCUUAGAGUGUGUGGCUGAGUACCACAAAGCAAGGGAUGAAUUGCCAUCCUUACAUAAGGUUUUAUGGGAAUUAGAAACCUCACGUCUCAUAAAUCACUUUGAAAAGGCCAUGAAGGCAGAAAUUGGAGACGAUGACGAGUUAUAUAUAGUAGACGACAAUGGAGAGGCACAGCUGUUUGACUUUACUGGCCAAGACUUUGAAAAUAAGCUUCGAGUUCCUCUUCUUGAAAUACUGAAAUAUCCUUAUUUGCUUUUACAUGAGCGUGUUAAUGAACUAUGCGUUGAAGCACUUUGCCGGAUGGAACAAGCUAACUGCUCCUUUCAGGUUUUUGACAAACAUCCAGGGAUCUAUUUGUUUUUGGUCCAUCCCAAUGAAAUGGUUCGGCGUUGGGCUAUCCUGACUGCAAGAAACUUGGGAAAAGUGGACAGAGAUGAUUAUUAUGACUUACAGGAGGUUUUGACUUGCCUUUUUAAAGUCAUUGAGUUGGGGCUUUUAGAAAGUCCAGACAUUUAUACUUCUUCUGUCCUUGAGACGGGUAAACUGAUUCUUCUGCCUUCACACAUGUAUGAUGCUGCCAACUACAAAAACUAUUGGUUAGGUAUUUGCAUGUUGCUGACCAUUCUUGAGGAGCAAGCCAUGGAUUCACUGUUGUUGGGCUCAAACAAACAGAAUGAUUUUAUGCAAUCAAUACUUCACACCAUGGAGAGGCAAUCAGAUGAUGAUAGUGUGGAUCCUUUCUGGCCAGCGUUACACUGUUUCAUGGUGAUUCUGGAUCGCCUUGGAUCCAAGGUCUGGGGUCAACUUAUUGAUCCUAUUGAGGCAUUUCAAACCAUUAUCAACAACGUGAGCUACAAUAAAGAGAUUCAGAAUAUACGGAACAGCUCUAUGAGGUCCAAGUUCAAACCAGAGUCAUAUUUGGAUGAUAUGGUGACUUGCAGCCAGAUUGUAUACAAUUAUAACCCUGAAAAGACCAAAAAGGAUUCAGGGUGGAGAUCAGCCAUUUGCCCAGAUUAUUGUCCUAACAUGUAUGAAGAAAUGGAAACAUUAGCUAAUGUGCUUCAGUCAGAUAUCGGUCAAGACAUGCGUGUUCAUAACAGCACGUUUCUGUGGUUCAUCCCUUUUGUGCAGUCCCUCAUGGAUCUUAAGGAUCUGGGUGUGGCUUAUAUAGUGGAGGUUAUUCAUCAUCUGCAUUCUGAAGUCAAAGACGUCCUCAACCAGACAGACGCCGUGUGUGACACAGUCACUGAGUUUUUCCUUCUGAUUUUGGUGUCAGUGAUUGAACUGCAUAGAAAUAAAAAGUGUUUGCAUUUGCUGUGGGUUAGUUCCCAGCAGUGGGUGGAAGCCGUCGUAAAAUGUGCCAAGCUUCCCACCGCUGCGUUUGCACGGAGUUCUGAGAAGUCAUCUGGAAACUGCUCCAAAGGCACAAUGAUAUCAUCUCUGUCAUUGCAUUCAAUGCCAUCUAACUCUGUACAACUUGCUUGUGUGCAGCUGAUCAGAAGUCUCCUUAAAGAAGGCUAUCAGCUUGGGCAGCAGACUCUUUGUAAGCGAUUCUGGGAUAAGCUCAACUUAUUCCUGCGAGGAAAUUUAUCUUUAGGUUGGCAGUUGACUAGUCAGGAAACCCAUGAGUUACAAACUUGUUUAAAGCAAAUUAUUAGAAACAUAAAAUUCAAAGUACCUCAAUGUAGCACUUCUGUGGAUCUGACUUCUCCAUGUAAAACGCCUCCUGCAUCAUAUAAUAAAGAAGAAAGUGAACAAACAGGGAAGAAGUCUAAAAAAGACAGGCACUGUCUGGAAAACUCCAGCCCAACAUUCUCUAAAGAACCGAUGAAAGCUGAUGCAUGUCAAGUGCAAGAGAGUAUUUUCAGCAAAGCAGAUAAUGCCAUAGAAGAGGAUAAUGAGCGAACUUACAUAAAAGAUUUGAAACUCAAAGACCAUCUCUCCGCUGAGUUGUGCUUGAAGCCGAGUAGUAAAAGGCUUGUUAAUGAAAGAGCUCGAGGCCAAGUUAAAAUAAGUACAGGGAAGCAUAAAUCUGUAAAAGAGAAUUCCUCAUAUACCCCACAGAAUUGUACUUCAAGAAAUGGUCCAGAAAAGGUAUUUGACAGAGGAAUAAUAACAUCAACACGUUUGUUGACUGAUUCUAGCAAUGACUCUCUGGAAAAGGUGUCCACAUCAAAUGAGGAUUUCUCUUUAAAGGGUGAUGCUCUUGGCAAAACCUCAAAAGCAAAAACUAAGGCACAUAAAGAUGAAAUCUGUGCUAAGUUAUCACAUGUAGUAAAAAAGCAACACGGGAAAAGUAUCACUUUAGAGGAAAACCUGACUGUAUCUAGCAUUGAAAGUUUCUAUUCAAAGAAGGAUACAGGAGGUCAGAAAGGAGAUGGCUUCAUAUACAAUCUCUCUUUAGGCCCUAAUGGUAUUCUGGAUGAUAAAAAUGGAGAACAAAAAUCUGAAAACAGUUUAUUGCUGAAAAAGAAACAAGUAAAGGAAGAAGAGUUAGGCAUUUUCUCUACCCGUGAACUCAGUUGUCAAAUACUAGAAUGUCAUGUUGGUAAUAAAGAUUUGGUCUCAUUUACAGAAAUGACCAACAUUUUUGUGGAGAAAACACCUCCCUUUAAAGAUCCUGUGACUGGACUUGAAUCAAGAGAUAUGGAAAUUAUCAAGAGUACUGCUCAGUUUUCUUCUGAUUUAAGAGAACAAGUCCUUAGCAUCAGUCCUAAGUCUGACACCUUAACAGAUUCUCAGGUAGACAGAGACCUCCACAAAUUAUCUUUAGUAGCUCAAGCCAGUGUUAUUAAGUUCCCAUCAGAUUCAACUCAAAAAAGUUUAUCGCAGCUACAAAGAAAAGUUAAAGAUGAUAGAAGAUGUUUCACAGCCAACCAAAAUAGUGUUAGGGAAACCUGCUGUGAACAGGUCAUUAUUAUUUCAGAUUCUGAUGAAGAUGAUGAUGAUGAUGAAAGAAUUGUGGGUUUUAAGAAACACAUUAAACAGGAUAAAACAUGCAUUGAGAAAGAAUGUCCAGAGCAGCAUGCUUCAAUAGCUAACACAAACGUGGAACAGAAGGUAAUAAGGGAAGAAAAUACAGGGUCCCUUUUGCAGUUUGAGGAAUCUGAUUCUCAGUUUUUUGAGUUUGAAAGUCCAUGUGAAGUGUUUUCAGUUUGGCAAGAUCAGAAACCAGACAACAAGAAUUCAGUUCAAGAGAAUGAAGAAAAUUCGUGCUUGACUCAUGUAGGUGAUACCACAAAUGAUUGGGGUUAUGGUACAGAUUAUGUACCUGAAGAGGUCAUUAAAAAAGCAGCAGAGGACAUUGAGGAACACGCAGAACCACACAGUAGUAGUAUUUCUGUUGAGGAAUUUUGUGAGAUUGAAGUAAAAAAACCCAAGAGAAAGCGAUAUCAGAAAGCUGCUAUGGCAGAAGCUCCUCUAAGGCCUUCAUCUCCUGUCAAAAGUGAGGACCAGUCUGAUAUUCUUAAUGAGAGAGAUGUGACUGAAAAUGAUUUUAAAAGUAUAGACGUAAGGAGUACAACUCCCAGUUCAAGCGUUCAGAGAACCACUACGGUUUCCCUGAAGAAGUCUCCACCAAAGUUUCGCAAUUGUUCCAAACGUGUUAGCAGAGUCUCACUUUCUAAAACUCCCAAAAAAACACGUUCGGAUACCAAAACAGGGCAGAGUAAAAGUUCAAAUAUCCUAAGUUGUAGAACGAGUCCUGCUAUAGUGCUACCAAAGAAAUUUCGCCAGCGUCCUGAACCAACUUCAACGGUUGAGAAACUUGGUCUGAAAAAGGUUGCUCGUAGGGCAUUUGACUUGUCCCAGCCGUCUUUGGAGCGUUUAGCUGACUUACGUCACCAUGGCAGAACUGUUGGAGCAAUUGAUACCCGGAAAAAGACUAAAUUAAUUUCUCCUCAGACUCUCUCUGUCAGAAAUAAUGAGAAACUGCUGACGAGUCAAGACCGUCAGCUGCGAAGGCAGAUGAGACCCAAAUCACAGCGUAACAGAAAAAGAUGUUUUGAUUAUCAGAGUACAGAUACAACACGAGCAGGCCCACAUGGAGCACAAAAUUCUGACAAAUUUGUGCCAGAAUCAGAUACAUCAGAUUAUAGUUACAAAGGAGGAGUUGGGGUAACUGCUAGAAGUAAGGAAAAGGAGUUAAGAAAAUGUGUGUCUUCUGAAACAGAACCCGUGAAAGCAAAAUAUGUUUCUCAGGUAGCUGAUGACGCUUGUCUUUUGAACCAGUGUACUUCUGUAGUAUUAAAUGGAGAAAAACCAACAGAUGAAAUAGUUGUUUCUACCUCAGGGGACCCUUUAGGUGGAGGUGACCUAACAGUACAUCAUUUAGAUGUGGCAGCCUUGAGAGAGGGAGAUCCUGAAUCCAGCAAUGACAUAGAGGAAGAUAAUAUAUUUUUAACACAAUGUGAUCCUGAAGAUAUGGAUUUAUGUUCACAAAUGGAGAAAGAGAAUGAUAAACUCAUUGAAGUAGUUCAUGGAAAAGAUACAGUCCAGGUAGAAGAAGGUUAUGUGAGUCGGCCUCAGUUGGAAUCUUCGAGUAGCACAAAAUGUAAAUACAAAGAUUGUGUUGAAACACUGAAAAACCAGGGUGAAUACUGUUCAAAACACUCUGAAGCUAAAGCAGCGGAUGAAGCUAUAUUUCGUAAACCUGGCUUGCCUCUCUCUGCAUCUAAACCUUCGAGACCUCCCACUGCUAAGAUUUUUAGCUCCAGUAGUACUUCACGAAUUGCUGGUCUUUCCAAGUCUUUGGAAAAUACGGCAGCGCUCUUACCAACUCUGAAAAAUAAGUCAAGUGGGGUACAGUCUGUUUUGAAAGUACCGCCAGUCUCUCUGGUGUCCAAGAAGCCAGUGGCUGAAGUGAAGGGUUUGUGCAACGUUCUCCAUUCUCAUACUCCAAAUAAUUCCAACAGGCAAGGCUACAAAGUUCCAUAUUGUGAAAACAGAUCUUUUUCGGCUUCCCCUCCAGUAAACGUUCUCUUGUCAGCACAGUCCAUCUCUGACACCUUCGUUAAAGAGGUCUUAAAAUGGAAAUACGAAAUGUUUGUGAACUUUGAUCAGUGCGGACCCCCGUCAACUCUUUGUCAGUCCAUCUCAAGACCUGUGCCUGUGAGAUUUCAAGAUGGUGGAGAUUAUUUUAAUGUGUUUUUCCCUUUGAUGAUGCUGAAUACUUUUGAAACAGUGGCACAGGAAUGGAUCAGCUCUCCAAACAAAGAGAAAUUCCAUCAGUUGCAUUUACGAAAAUUUCCUUCUGAGUAUAAAAAAUACUGGGAGUUUGUGGUUUAUCUUGAGGAAUGUGAACUAGCUAAACAGCUUCAUCCAAAGGAAAAUGAUUUGGUGUUUUUGGUUCCUGAAAGACUAAAUGGAGAGGAGGAGGACAUAGAGAGAAAUCGCAUGCAAGAUCCCUAUGAAUAUUAUUGUGGUUAUGUUCAUAAAUUCCGCCGCACUUCAGUCAUGCAUAAUGGGAAAUCUGAGUGCUCCGUUUCCAUCCAGACUCAACAUAAUUUACCAGUCAAUUUAAAUGAAUUCGUGAAAUGUCUUGUAAUCAGCUCUCUGGUGACUACACAAAGGAAGUUGAAAGCCAUGUCUUUGCUGAGUGGUCGGAACCAACUGGCCAGAGCCGUUCUGAAUCCAAACCCCAUGGACUUCUGUACAAAAGAUUUACUAACUGCAGCAUCUGAGAAAAUUAUUGCCCACCUAAAAGAUUUCAAUGAAGACCAAAAGAAAGCAAUAGAAACUGCAUAUGCCAUGGUGAGACACUCCCCAGCAGUAGCCAAGAUCUGUCUGAUUCAUGGACCACCCGGGACAGGAAAAUCGAAAACCAUUGUGGGCCUCCUGUACCGCCUGCUGACAGAGAGGAGGGGACUUUCAGAUGAGAACUCCAAUGCCAAAAUCAAACAAAACCGUGUCCUUGUGUGUGCGCCUUCCAAUGCAGCUGUUGAUGAACUUAUGAAAAAAAUUAUCCUUCAAUUCAAAGGGAAGUGUAAAGACAAGAAGAAUCCUUUGGGAAACUGUGGAGAUAUAAAUUUACUACGUCUAGGUCCAGAAAAGUCUAUUAAUGCUGAGGUCCUAAAAUUCAGUUUGGACAGCCAAGUUAACCACAGAAUGAAAAAAGAAUUACCUUCUCAUAUUCAGGAGAUGCAUAGAAGAAAGGAAUUUCUAGACCAUCAACUAGAUGAACUUUCCCGCCAGCGUGCUUUAUGCCGAGGUGGAAGGGAACUACAGAGGCAAGAAUUAGAUGAAAAAAUUGCCAGAGUUUCAAAAGAAAGGCAGGAGCUUGCUUCUAAAGUUAAAGAGGUUCAAGGACGCCCACAAAAGACACAGAACACCAUCAUCUUAGAGUCCCACAUCAUCUGCUGCACACUGAGCACGAGUGGUGGUUUGCUGCUCGAGGCUGCUUUCCGUGGGCAAGGGGGUGUCCCCUUUAGUUGCGUCAUUGUUGAUGAGGCCGGACAGUCUUGUGAAGUUGAAACUCUUACUCCGCUCAUCCAUCGUUGCAACAAGCUCAUCCUCGUAGGAGAUCCUAAGCAGCUCCCUCCCACAGUCAUUUCUGUGAAGGCCCAGGAGUAUGGCUAUGACCAGUCGAUGAUGGCCCGCUUCUACAAACUUCUGGAAGAGAACGUGGAGCACAACGUGAUUGGCAGGCUGCCUGUCUUACAGCUCACCGUUCAGUACAGGAUGCACCCAGACAUAUGUCUCUUCCCUUCUAAUUACGUUUAUAACAGGAACUUGAAAACAAAUAGAAUCACAGAGGCCAUUCGGUGCUCAUCUGACUGGCCAUUUCAGCCCUACCUCGUGUUUGAUGUUGGAGAUGGUUCAGAAAAGCGGGAUAAUGACUCAUAUGUAAAUGUUCAAGAAAUAAAACUGGUAAUGGAACUAGUUAAACUUAUGAAAGACAAAAAAAGGGAUUUUACUUACCGAAACGUUGGCAUAAUAACCCAUUACAAGGCUCAGAAGAUGAUGAUUCAGAAGGAUUUGGACAAAGAGUUUGAUAGAAAAGGGCCAGCAGAAGUAGAUACCGUGGAUGGCUUCCAGGGUCGUCAGAAAGAUUGUGUUAUUGUUACAUGUGUCAGAGCAAAUGCCAUGCAAGGUUCAAUUGGGUUUCUGGCAAGUUUGCAGAGAUUGAAUGUCACCAUCACACGAGCCAAGUACAGCCUCUUCAUCCUGGGACAUUUGAGGACCCUGAUGGAAAACUAUCAUUGGAAUCAGCUGAUUCAGGAUGCACAGAAGCGUGGUGCCAUUGUUAAGACUUGGGACAAAAACUAUAGACAAGAUGCAGUGAAGAUUCUGAAACUCAAGCCCGUACUGCAGAGAAGUCUGACUCAUCCUCCUGCUAUCGCCCCAGAGGUGUCCAGACCCCAGGGCGGAGUGCCCAGCAACAAGCUAGACAGUGAAUUUGCCAAGAUGUCUAUUGCUUCUUCCCUGUACCCCUCACCCUCUGACUCCAAAGAAGCCACUGUCACUGUUACUGCAAAUGACCCUGAAAGGCCACCCAUUCAGGACUGGCUUCGGGACCCACGACUACUUAGGAGGAUGGGCUUGGGCUGUGAAGCCAAAGGGAAGUGCCUCAGUGAGCUGCAGCCCUCGAGCCCCCAGUAUCCCGGAGCAGCGCCUCUCUCUGGAGAGCCAGGCUCCCCCGGAAGGCACCAGGAUCCGACCAGUAUCGGGCAGCAGCCCCCCGCCAAGGGAGCUGCUGUGAACAACCACAGACCUCACGUGCAGUGCGACCCUCCAGCUGCUAGUACCGAUGCUUCCACGAGUAAGAGAAAAUGUGCCCAGGAAGGGGAGGCAGUCAGCCACAGGAGGGAGACCAGGGCCUUCCCUGAGGGGGAUCAGGAGACGUGUGGCUCUCUGAGCCACCACACAAAGAGGAACUCAGGCUGGGACGAGAGGGGGCUGGAGGAGGAGGACAGUAGCUUGAAGAAGAGGAAGCUUUCAUAGUGGGGCCAAGUGAGACUGUGAGCCACAAGCAUUACUGCAAACUUCAGGUGACCAGCUAGUAGGACUGUCCAGAUAAGAUUACUUUUUUCCUUAAAGGAGUUUGUGUGCUGUUGGAAAACAGAAAAUGUAUCCUGACACAUGGGCCUCUUGGUCAUCUUCAGUACCUUUUGUCAGUUGCAGAAGCUUUCAGAAGGCAUUUGUGUAUCAGUAAUAAUGUCCUCGAAGUCGAAGACUUAAAAUGUUGAUCUCUUGUUCUUCUGUAGAAAAGGUCAGACUGGAGAGGAUGCUGUAAAAGUUGGAAUGUAUAUUUGUGUAGCAAAUAACAGAAUCCUUUUAAAAUUUGAUCUGGUAGACAGCUUUUCUUUCCCCUGCUUAAAGUGUUAAUCAUUUUCAACAGAACAGACCUUAUAUUGAAAAAAAAAAAAGAAAGAUGGGAGGAGGGCAGGUCCUUUCAAAGAUUGUUGUAGCAAACAGACAUCUUUAACAGCCCAGGCGGCCUGAGAGAAGCGAGUCAGUGCAUUGGGUCAGAUGCCUCUAGUCCUGUUAAAUCAACUGGAGUGUCCUGGGCAAGACCCUGGGAAGCAGAGCUCUGUUAGGUGAAAUUCCACUCAUGCACCUUUUUAGACAAGGCACCUUGGCACAGGAUAUUACAUUUCUGUGACGAGUUCGUCUGCCUGUUGUAGUGAGCGCAUAGUUCUCUAGCUAAAAUUCUCAUUCUUCGUGAGAUAGAAGAAUGUGAAAUGAAAGAAUAAUUCUUGAAAUGUCAUUCAGAUGCCCCCAGCAUAUUGUGAAUUUCCUGCAACUGGUAGGUUACAAAUCCAGUGGUUGCCAAGUAUUAGAUCAGUGCUGGGGUGGCUUGUGGAAGCCUGUAGAUCAGCAAGAGAAUCCAACUCAUGAAAAGCUGGAUGUUUAGCAUCUUCCCAGGGAUUCUGGUCACCAGGCAGCUUGGGAACCAGGCAGGGCAGACCAGAUACAGUAUUUUAGGCAGGAGAGAAACAUCCUCUAAAAAGAGAAGGAUGGGGGCUUCCCUGGUGGCGCAGUGGUUGAGAGUCCACCUGCCAACGCAGGGGGCACGAGUUCGUGUCCCGGUCCAGGAAGAUCCCACAAGCCGCGGAGCGGCUGAGCCCGUGAGCCAUGGCCGCUAAGCCUGCACAUCCGGAGCCUGUGCUCUGCAACGGGAGAGGCCACAGCAGUGAGAGUCCCGCGUACCGCCAAAAAAAAUAAAUAAUAAUAAAUAAAAAGAGAAGGAUGGGAGAGGAGUGCAAAUACUUGGCGUUGAGAACAGGAAGAGAGUUGACAGAUUGCGUCUGAUCUUUGGAAACCAUCGUAAGUGACGCAAAUACACCGCUGUGGUGGAAGAUCUGGUUAGAGGGGUUGUGCUUCUGUGAAAGGAAGUGGCCACGGUGGGUGGAGAUUAGAGAGACUUGGAUGAGGGCAGGGCUGCCUAAUUUCAAAGUCCAGUUUUCCAAGCGCACACACACUGAUGUUGAGGUAUCCCAGACUGAGAAUCUGUGUUAGUAACAGUUGACCAUUGUUUGAACUAGCGAUUUGUAGUGAAUGCUGUGCAGCCCUAGCUAAUUUGGGGGAGAAAUCACACAUUCCUGAAGAUGAAUGUGCACCAUUUGAAACUUUUUCGGUCAUCUGCAUUUUUUUUUGUUUCUUUUUUUUCCUCGGUACGCGGGCCUCUCACUGUUGUGGCCUCUCCCAUUGCAGAGCAACAGGGUCAGCGGCCAUGGCUCACGGGCCCAAGCCGCUCGGCGGCAUGUGGGAUCUUCCCGGACCGGGGCACGAACCCGUAUCCCCUGCAUCGGCAGGCGGACUCUCAACCACUGCGCCACCAGGGAAGCCCAGUCAUCUGCUUUUUAAGCAAAAAGGGCUUUGUGUUCAUCAGGAAUUCUACUGAAGCAGGUUAUUAAGAGCUUUAAAAAAAAUGUUUGGUUGCCAAAGGUUUAAACAUGCUACUUCUUUGUUACCCUUGUCCCUCCCUCUGGUGUCCAGACCUCUGCUGAUGGGAUUGAACACUCCUGUCACUCGGGGAGCACGCGCUCUGUCCCCACAGUCAACCUCUGCUCCCCGUUCACGGAGGCAGGCUGAGCCCCACUCUGGGUCAGGGGCUUCGUAAGCUUCCUGCCUGGCCUUUGGCAAGAAAGCUCAUUGUUUAAGUUUACUUUCCUACUAUCUUGGUAAAAUGCUUCACUUAGCAGACACUUGUAGUGACAGUUUAGAGAAUCUAAAACCUGUAAGCUUAUAGAAGAGGCAUGCUGGAAAGAGCUGGGGUCAGGAACUUCCCCACUCCGCUCACACAACACGUCAAGUAAGCGCUCCCCACUGUACGUACUUUGCUGCCCCACCCAAACGAUGUUAUUUCCAGUUAAGUUUGGUGCCUGUUCUCACACGUUGUGUUCACUUUUGGUUCACCUUCCACCUAGUCUGGUAACGUGAGAAUUAGUGCAUCAUCCCUUGUAAUGAGCAAGCCUGUGUCCUGACAGCCUCUCCCAGCAGGAAACAGUCAUACCUGACAUUGCAUUGGAAUCGAUUUGUGGUUCCAGUUGGUGUAUGUAUUUGCAUUAAGCAUUUCAUAUGUACAGUGUGGCCUUUCUUGAUGUGGCUGUCAUAGCAGUGUUGUUGAUUGGUGGUUAACCUUACUGCAGGUGAAAAAUACAGCUGUUACUUUUGUCCUUGCCAUGGAGUUAUAAGACAGUGGCCUUGUCUUCUUUCAAUCUUAGUUCUUUCAACAUGAAUAUAUUCUACUUAAAAAUUUGUUUUGCUUCUUUGUAUAUGAUUUGCCUUGGAUUUACUGUGCAGUUUAUUUCUGUGUUUUCAUGUAUUAUCAGGAGCAAAUUUGAUAAGUACAUGUGAAUAACCUCCUGUAAAUGAGUUUUAUAACAAAAUUGUAGUAAACUAUUUUCUAAAGCUA